CCCGCAACGGGAGUUCUGGGUUUUAUUUCACGCUGAGAGCUUUCGUCUUCGGCAUCUGUCUUCUGAGCUCUCUAGUGCUUAGAGAGCUUCGUUCAACCUUUCAAGGCGGAUCACGAGUCCCGGAAGUGGUUCGGUGUCGCCUUUCUGUUGUUGCCCGGAGCUGUUCUGCGGCGAGGCGACACGAGGGUUGAAACGCGUGAACCAAGGAGUUCUGGCCCUCUCGUGUUCGACGAUUCGCAGCGCGAUCGCGGGGGUUUGACUCCGACUCUACCCAGGAGCGGCUCUCCGCGGCCAUGGAGGCGCUUCUUUCCGCGUGUCUGCUGCAGCCGCGCGCGCUUCCGCUGGGCGUUUCCCCCUGCCUCCCGCGCACCCACUCCCGCCAUCUUCGCACGCUUUUGCGGUCCGUGGCUGUCGCCCCCGCCAGCGGCGGGGUUGGCGCUGCACGGCUCGGUAGCAAAUGGCUCGGAUCUCGAAACAUUUCCGCUGCCCGGAAUCUGGCUCCCGGGAAUCUUUUAGCCUGCCCGGCUCCGGUGGAGCUGCCGCGUGGCGUAGCGCGGCCGGUUGUGGUGGCGACCGCUGGUCAGACGCCGAAGGCAGUUUCGGGUGAUGCGGUGGUUGCUGACAGCAGCGAGUCAACGCCGUCUGCCUCGGCUCACGCGCGUAUAGUCACACACUUUUACCGUCACCCUCUCCUCUCUGAUGCUGCGGAAGAGUCACUGCUCCACAAGGUGCAGGAGAAGGUGUGCGCUGACGUCAUCAGCAUCCGCACGGAGCAGUGCUUCAACGUGGAGCUGACGUCAGCGCUGGAUGCCGCUCACGAGGCUGCUCUGGUGUGGGUGCUAUCUGAAACGUACGAGCCCGAAAAGCUCACCAGGGAGUCGGUGUUUAACGCUAGCGCUGCAGCAGCUGAGGGAGGGGAGGAGGGAGAGGGAGAGGAGGAGGGGGAGGUGGUAGUGGUGGAGGUGGGGCCUCGUUUGUCGUUUACCACUGCCUGGUCCACCAAUGCUGUCUCCAUCUGCCGCUCCUGCAACCUCGAGCAGGUGACGCGCAUUGAGCGGUCUCGCCGUUAUGCUCUUGAGCUGGCGCCAGGCGUUGAGGCAGAGGCUGCAUUCACGGACGAGCAGAGGGCUGCAUUUGCGGCGCUGGUGCACGAUCGCAUGACGGAGUGUGUGUAUGCCACACGGCUUGAGACGUUCACCACGGAUACUGCUCCCGCUCCUGUUGUGCGCAUCCCCGUUAUGAAGGAGGGGCGCAAGGCGUUGGAAAGGGUCAACCGCGAGAUGGGGCUGGCGUUCGACGAGUGGGAUCUGGACUUCUAUACCCAAUUGUUUCGCGAGGACAUAGGCCGGGACCCCACCAACGUGGAGCUCUUUGAUAUCGCCCAGUCAAACUCCGAGCACAGCCGCCACUGGUUCUUCAAGGGCGACCUGACGGUGGAUGGGCAGAAGGUGGAUCACACGCUCAUGGAUCUGGUGAAGGACACGCUUAAAGCCAACCCCAACAACUCGGUCAUUGGCUUUAAGGACAACUCGAGUGCCAUUCGUGGCCGCGUCAUUUCCGCGGUUCUGCCCGAGAAUCCCGGGCAGCCAUCGAAGCUAGAGCCGCAGGAGCGGGACUACGACAUUCUGUUCACUGCUGAAACCCACAACUUCCCCUGCGCUGUGGCGCCCUUCCCGGGCGCAGAGACAGGGGCGGGGGGUCGGAUUCGCGACACCCAUGCGACAGGUGUCGGCUCGCUAGUGGUUGCCGCCACUGCGGGUUACUGCGUUGGCAACUUGCAGAUGGAGGGGCAUGCAGCACCGUGGGAGGACACCUCGUUUCAGUACCCGCCCAACCUCGCUCCUCCGCUCCAGAUUCUUCUGGAUGCGAGUGAUGGUGCAUCGGACUACGGCAACAAGUUCGGGGAGCCUCUGAUUCAAGGGUACACUCGCACAUUCGGCAUGCGCCUGCCGAGCGGGGACAGGAGGGAGUGGCUGAAGCCCAUCAUGUUCAGCGGGGGCAUCGGGCAGAUCGACCACCGACACCUGGAGAAGGACGAGCCGGAUGUGGGCAUGAUUGUUGUCAAGAUUGGAGGUCCGGCGUACCGCAUCGGCAUGGGGGGAGGAGCUGCCAGCAGCAUGGUGUCAGGCACGCGGGAUGCAGAGAUGGAUUUCAAUGCGGUGCAGAGGGGUGACGCGGAGAUGGCUCAGAAGCUGAACCGCGUGGUUCGCACGUGCGUGGAGCUGGGGGAUGAGAACCCCAUUCUCAGCAUCCACGACCAGGGCGCGGGCGGCAACUGCAAUGUGGUGAAGGAGAUCAUAUACCCCCAGGGCGCAGAGAUUGACGUGCGGUCGAUUGUGGUGGGCGACGAGACCAUGUCCAUCCUCGAGAUCUGGGGCGCAGAGUACCAGGAGCAGGAUGCCCUUUUGGCGCGCCCUGAGAGUGAGGCACUUCUGCGGUCCAUCUGUGACCGCGAACGACUCUCCAUGGCCGUUAUUGGGACCAUCAGUGGCUCGGGCAAGGUGGUUCUGUUUGAUUCCAGGGAGCAGCAGGAGGCAGCAGCAGCAGGCAAGGCGGCCCCUCUCCCUGCCGUCGACCUGGAUCUAGACAAGGUUCUGGGCGACAUGCCGAGCAAGCGCUUUGACUUUGUGCGCAGCACGGACGAGAGGGAGCCCUUGGAGCUGCCCCCUGCCCUCACAGUUUCAGAGGCACUCAAGCGCCUGUUAAGGCUGCCAUCGGUUGCGUCCAAGCGGUUCCUCACCACCAAGGUGGAUCGCUGUGUGACGGGCCUCGUGGCUCAGCAGCAGACUGUGGGCCCACUGCAGAUCACCCUUGCUGACGUGGCAGUCAUUGCUCAGACCCAUACAGGCAUCACAGGAGCGGCAUGCGCCAUUGGAGAGCAGCCAAUCAAGGGCCUCAUCAACCCGGCAGCCAUGGCCCGUAUGGCGAUCGGGGAGGCCCUCACCAACCUCGUCUGGGCUAAGGUCACUGCUCUAGAGGACGUCAAAGCCAGUGGCAACUGGAUGUAUGCGGCCAAGAUGGGAGGAGAGGGAGCCGCCAUGUAUGAUGCGGCAGUGGCCUUGAAGGAGGCGAUGGUGGAGUUAGGGAUCGCGGUGGAUGGGGGAAAGGACAGCCUGUCAAUGGCUGCUACGGCGGGCGGAGAGACCGUGAUGGCGCCUGGUAAUCUGGUGAUGAGCGCAUAUGUCACCUGCCCAGAUAUCACCCUCACAGUGACGCCCGAUCUCAAGCUCCCAGGAGAGGGCGUCUUGAUUCAUGUUGACCUGAGCGCCGGGCACAGACGAGUGGGCGGGUCGGCGUUGGCACAUGUGUACGACCAGAUAGGCGAUGAGUCACCAGAUGCUGACGUGGACCUGCUGAAGAGGGGCUUUAACGCCGUGCAGGAUCUCAUCGGCCGUCGUCUCAUUGCGUCAGGCCACGACAUCAGCGAUGGGGGCAUCAUCACAGCCAUUCUCGAGAUGGCCUUUGCUGGCAACACCGGUGCUACCGUCGACAUUCCGGCAUUGGAGGGGGAGGAGGAGGUGGAUGUGUUUGCCACCCUGUUCUCAGAAGAGCUGGGGCUCGUGAUCGAGGUGGCGCCGGCCAACCAGGACGAAGUCCUGCGCACCCUGUCCGCCGCCCAGGUCCCUGCUACAGUAAUCGGCCAAGUCCCAUCGUCUUCCUCCUCUGGCCCGCUCCUCUCGGUAGCGGUGGCGGGGGUGCCGGUGUUAGAGGGGGAGUCGAUGCCGGCGUGGCGGGACGUGUGGGAGGAGUCGUCCUUCCUGCUGGAGCACAUGCAGCGCACCGAGACGUGCGCCGCGGCGGAGAGGGACGGGCUCAAGCACCGGAAGGAACCUUCUUGGAACCUUGGCUUCACACCCAGCAGGACCGCCCAUGAGCUCCUGACUGCAUCCUCCAAGCCCCGUGUGGCUGUAUUGAGGGAGGAGGGCAGCAACGGCGACAGGGAGAUGGCAGCAGCAGUGUGGGCGGCAGGCAUGGAGCCGUGGGAUGUGACUGUAUCGGAUUUGCUGCAAGGGAGGGCGAAGCUGGACGACUUUAGGGGCAUCAUCUUUGUUGGCGGCUUCAGUUAUGCCGACGUGCUUGAUUCGGCCAAGGGGUGGGCAGCAGCCAUCCGGUUCAACGAGGCCCUUAAAGCCCAGUUUGAUGCCUUCUACCAACGAGCAGACACAUUCAGCCUGGGGAUCUGCAACGGGUGCCAGCUCAUGGCGCUGCUGGGAUGGGUUCCUGGUCCCGAGGUGGGGGGAGUGAUGGGCGAGGGGGGCGACGCGGCUCAGCCCCGCUUCGUGCAUAACGAGUCGGGGCGCUUCGAGUGCCGCUUCUCCACCGUGCAGAUCGACGACUCGCCUGCCGUCAUGCUCAGGGGCAUGGAGGGCACGAGAGUGGGCAUCUGGGUGGCACACGGGGAGGGCCGCGCGCUCUUCCCCUCUUCCUCCCUCCUCGACUCCGUCCUCUCCUCCAACCUCGCUCCGAUCCGCUACUGCGACGACGAUGGCGCGCCCACCGAGACCUACCCCUUCAACCCUAACGGGUCCCCAGCAGGGAUAGCGGCACUGUGCUCGCCGGAUGGGCGGCAUCUGGCGAUGAUGCCGCACCCCGAGCGGUGCUACAUGAUGUGGCAGAUGCCGUGGGCGCCUAAGGAGUGGAGGGAGAGGAUGGAUGCGAGCGGGCCCAGCCCGUGGCUGAAGCUGUUCCAGAAUGCAAGGGAGUGGUGCCAGGAGCACCCGCAGUAGGCAGGGUCUAAGUACGGCCAGCACGUGCGUAAGGUUGGAUUUAUGCACCCAUCACUAGAUUGGGACUCGGCAUAUGCUGGAAGGGGAUGCCAGCAUGACCAGCUUUGGCUGAAGCUGCUUUAGAACGGGCCGGAAUGCUGUGGGGAGCACCCGCAGUAGGCAGGUCCAGAACUACCAUGGGCGCCCAAUGCUGGGUCUCCUGUACCAGCAUUUCCCAGGGUGAAACUUGAUGCAAACGAGCAUGGCUCUUAGGGGGGGGCAGUGAUUCAAGGGUAUUUCACCCUGAUUAUCCUUGCCAGCAGCCACUUUUCAGAGUACACCCUGAUUUCGUAAGGGUAAAAAGGUGUUUCGAGGCCGAAUUUGCCCCACACCCUUUCAAAUCAGGGUGAAAUAGUCAUGAUACCCUGAUUCCUAACGGUACCCCACAAGUUGUUCCUGUUCAGUUUAUGCACAAUGAGUGUACCGCUUGCUGACCCGAUGUAGCAAUAGUACUGGUACUAUCAGGAAUAUGUGUCAAUAAGAUGACUUCGCCACA